GCGGAUGCCAGCGGCGGCCGGGCGAUGGCGAGGAGCCGGGCGGCUUACGAGUACACGGAGGCGGAGGACAAGAGCAUGCGGCUGGGUUUCCUCCUCAUCGCCGCCGGCUUGCUCUCCCUCCUGGGUCUGGGCUGCUGCUGGCUUCGCCCGGCGCUGCAGGAGCGGGGCGGCGGCGGCUCCGCCAACUGCACGGUGCUGGCGGUGCGGCAGCUGGGGGAGCGCUUCGCCUGCACCUUCUCCUGCGGGGCGGCCUGCCGCGGCACCGCCCGCUACCCCUGCCUGCAGGUGCUGGUCCGCACCUCCCGCUCCGCCGCGCCCGCCCUGCUCCACGAGGACGAGCGGCAGCUGCGCACCAACCCCAAGUGCUCAUACAUCCCUCCCUGUGCAAGAGAUGAUCAAGAGAACUCUGAGAACGUCACGUACAAGCAGAAAUACUGGAAGGAGAAAGUGGGAUCUCAACCAUUCACAUGCUACUUUAACCAGCACUUGAGGCCGGAUGACGUGAUGCUGAAGCGCACCCACGAUGAGACUGUUCUCUUGCACUGCUUCCUCUGGCCCGUGGUGACUUUGCUGGUCGGAGUCCUCAUCGUGGUCCUGACCAUCUGUGCCAAGAGCUUGGCUAUCAGGGCAGAGGCAAUCAAAAAGAAGAAGCAUUUGUGAGUGGCAAGGCUGCUUGUGGAACAGAGAAACCUGCAUGAAGGUCUGAGGUGGGGCAGCCUGACACACCUGCAGGUCUGUGGGGCACCCAGCUGCAUCUCCUGCCAGGGUCUGAUCUGUGCUGGAGUAGCUCUUGUCUCAGGACUGCUCUUGGGAGAUUGCCCCGUGAAAUGCCUGCUAAUUGCUUCUUCUGCUAUGGCACUAAAUAAGUAUAUCCUACCAAAAAAGAGAGAAAUCUACACUGCACCAAAUAUGCUGUGUGCUGUUAGUGCUGAAGAGCAGCUGCCCAGAAACUGAGACAGUUUAUGAAACUCCCUGAUGAUGUUGCUUUCAUCUCCACAAAGCAAUCUUUGCUAAUGUUUAAUAUUAAAUAUUUAAAAUAUUUACUUUAGAUAGAACAUAUUUCUAAAAUAAUAAAAUUUUAUUGUUUUGGGGGUUUUAACUUUUGGGGGUUUUCUUUUUUUUUCUUUUUUUUUUUUUUUUUU